AUGCUCGGUGAUAAUACGUACGCCUCCUCACCCAAGCGUCAAAUAGUAAGCAUUCUGUUUCACCACGAAUUAAAAGACCAAGUUCUGAUGACCUCGAACAAAUUCACGAAACUCGGUUCCAACGCCGACUCAAUCGUCGACAGCAUUCUUGAGUCGUUUCCUGCCGACUUGAAGAAUUUCACGAUCCCGGAUGUGCCCAAUCUUGGCAAAAUCAAAAUCAUCGACGUCGGCCAUCUGAGUCGUGCAUGUCCAACGACGAUAAACGAGACGUUGACCAAGGGAAACCCUUCGCUUAUCGUCAGCACCUGUCUCAAUGUGACUGGUGCUGCCAUCAACUUGCCAGACAAGUCCAUCACCGCUUCAAUUGGCCGGGCAAAAUUCGACGUCACACUGAUAAUUACGAAAUCAGUGCAACCAACUGCAAAAGCCAGCAUCUCGAUUCCUGUUUGGAAGGACAUAAAUGUUAAAAUCAACAACUGGUUCCUCGGUUUAUUUUCUGGACUUCUAAAGAACUCUGGUCUUGUAUCAUUCAUGCUCCGAACGGCGGUCAACUCAGCACUGCAAAAGAUUAAACUUGAAAAACUUUUUAUUUGA